CGUCGCGGCGAAAGCACCGUCGCCCGCCGCAAAGGCGGAGGCGCGCGGCGGGGCGUCCGCCCCCCCAGCGGCGUCGCACAACAGGGCGGAGGUCGCAAACCCCACCAGAACGUCCUUCUGGGUGUUCGCAAAGAGCGUGCGCCGCCGAAAAAGACGCAGAGCCGCGAGGUGCGGGUCGUCAAUGAGCCGUGUCGACAGCACCGCCGCGGCAUCCGUGAGGAGGAGCUCGCGCAGCGACGGGGCACACACCGCGGCAAGCAUCCGCGUCCCCCAGUACAUUCCUGCUUUUAUGAGACAGUAA